UCUAGAACCCUAUCUAAUCUCCCUGCUCCGCCCUCCGUUUCCUUCAAAAUUUUAAGCGCCAUGCGAUAAUCACCAUCCUAAUCUCCGACAGGAAAUCUUGCACGACGAUCAUCGCCAUCCGCCAUCUCUGGCCGGAAACCCCCUCGAUUCUUCUUCCCCAUGCUCCGCCUUUAAUUUAGUGAGCGACUCGGCCCCUUCAUCGUCGUUUUACCCGCCAACCUUGUCUGUCACUGCCUGAUUCUCGCGCAUGAACUCGACAAAGUGGAAGAGAAACGGAAGUCAAGUUUGGGGAGACGGCAACGGAGGAAAGGGUCCGGGAGAUGGAGAGAGUGGUCGGAGAGGAAAAGAGAACAUUCAACGAGGGAGUGGCGGCGGCUUUCCAUAUAUGACGAUUGAUGAGAAAGGUUGGAAGGACGAAGGGUUUGCGGGGGAGGAGAUUGAGUUCCGCCUCCAAUCCGGUUCUGAAAACAGAGCCAAUACCACUCCGUUUGAA